CGUUGUUGCACGCUUAGCGCGUCGACGGCUGGGAAGAUGAAGAUCUCCCACAAGCCAAAGAAAUUCCUAGCUCCACAUCCACAAGUUGCUGCUCUUAUAGCAGACAUACUCGCCACUCCUACAAAUGGUCUAUCGGAAUUGCUGGCGCCGAUUGAUGCCUGGAAAUGGCCACGCUCCGACCUGAAUGCAUGGAUUAAAGUCCUUAACAAAUUUGACGCGGUUCUUGAAGAUGUCAUCCGUGAAUACGAUAUUGACGGCUUACAAGUAAAACCGUUCACUCGGGAAACGAAGGAAAUUAUCUGCGAAGUCUUGAAGUUUGAACGGCUAUUGCUCGAAAACUCUACGAAUAGGAAGAUGUUCAACUCCUAUGAUCGUCUAAACAGUUUACUGUUUUCUUCAGACCUUGACGUUUUAGUUGCAACGCUCCUUCUCCUGCUACGCCCUUCGCAACAAUACUCGUCCCAACCCGCGUUGUCACACUCCUUACAUAUCUCGACAUCGCGUCUUGAGUCCCUCGCAAAAACCUCGCCAAUGCUUCGGGAACAUGCAAUUGAGAUGAUUGAUCUUGUUAGCACGAAGGGAGGGAAACGGUUACGAGACUUGCCGCAGGAGGCGAGUGAGGUGAACUUCACGUUCUACAGUAGGGAUGCAUCUUCAUCAGAAAAGCCGAAGGAGAGUGAAGAUAGCGGCAUCUUUGAGUCAUCAAGCCGACCCCAGCCAGCUGCGCAAUCAUCUGCGCCACACACUGUCCACCUGGGGCCUCUGGCUCAGUCCUCCAGGUCUGCUAUAGAGAUAUUUGCAGAUGCUGUCAAGUCACACCAAGUACCCGAUAGCGAGAGGUACGAAUUACUUUGUCGGGUACGAUUUGCACAGGCCCUUGGGGCAGGCCGUGAAGAAAUUAGGCAGAAGCUUGUGAUUGCACGCCUAUUGGCGAUAGCAGUAUAUGCCCACACGCAUUCUGAGACUCAAGCGCAGUCGUCGUUAUUCUUGUAUGAUACUGACUUGGUAAACCGAAUUGCCGAGCUACUUCAACAAGAUCAUGAAGUUCCCGUCAUGGUGCAGAUGGCUGCCUUGUCUGCACUUGAUGCCCUUGCGAGGUAUCGACAAAGGGUCUCUGAGGUAUUGGGUGCUGUCAACGCGGGCGUGAACCAUGGCAUUUUGAUGUCGCUGUUCCGUAAAACUGUGGCUGAUAUCUCAAACAUUGAGUCUACGUUGCCAAACCUCUUCGUGGAUGCACUAGUGUCUUUUAUCACGUUCAUUGCAUCCCAUGCUGGCGGAGGAAACCUAGUCGUUGGUGCUGGACUGGUACCUAUCCUUAUCCAGAUAAUCGGCAUCACACACGAGCAACGGCUGCCGAUUGUAUCGAAGUCUAUGCAGCUUGUUGACAACGUGCUAUAUGGUGUCAUGAAUGCUUUCACACUGUUCUGCAACAGUCGAGGUGUUGAGGUUCUGACUGAACGAAUUAAAUACGAAGUUGAUCUUGCUGUUGAGGCAUACGGGUUCCAUGAGUUUGCAUACAGUGCGUCGACUCCUCACAGCUUAGGCUUAAUGCACACUACCAGAGCGGGUGUACUAAAGCACCUGCUGCGGUCGAUCCAUCGUAUGAUGCAAGCUUCGGGGACAACUGAAGGAAUGCGAGGUCUGAUCGACUCUUCGCUUCUCAAGUCUGUCCAGAAUAUUAUUGAGUACCGAGGCGUAUUUGGUCCUACCGUGUUACCGAUCGCGAUCAACGUUGUUGCAACCUUCGUUCAUAAUGAGCCGACGUCACUGACGGCAAUUCAAGAAGCUAAACUGCCUGAGACGAUUCUGAAGGCGUUCGAAGCUGGGAUCGAACCAUCCUUUGAGGUUGUUCAAUCCAUUCCCAAUGCCCUCGGUGCACUGUGCCUAAAUCAAGCUGGGCAAGACCAUCUUGCAUUACAUCCUUCCAUCAUUCCGGCGUUAUUUUCGAUAUUCACGUCGGAAGCCCAUCUCAAAGUUCUUCUUGAAAAGGAGAACGCUGUGUCCAUCGGAAGUUCUAUUGACGAGCUUGUUCGUCACCAUCCAUCAUUAAGGCAAAUCGUGUUCGAUUCUUUAAUCUCAACAUUGAAGAAGAUUGAAGUUAUGGGCACGAAUUAUGUUCCACCUUGCGAUAUACAGCAAUUUUACUCGCUAAGUCUCAGCACGGAACAGCUGCCUUCAGCGAGUGAAGAUGUUGUCAUGGAGGAUGCUCAGGUUGUGCCUCCUCCUUCCGACGGGGCUGCAUCAGCGGCACCAAAUGAAAAUGGGCCUGAUCAAGGCGAUGAAUCUCAGACCAAGUCGCACGACAACGUUAUCAUCAACUAUAUUGAUGUUAUUGGAAGGUUUCUAGAAGGACUGUUCCAGCACCCAUCGCACUGCAGGGACUUCAUUCUAGCUACCGAAGGACUCGCUUGUAUUGCUCGUUUGUUGGCUUUGCCUUGUUUGCCAUAUGACUACGCGAACGCGGUACAUUCGGAUUCUCUUGUCCAAGUUAUUCGCACAAUGGUGGAGGUCGCUCCAGCGGAUACCCUCACGCACCUGGCGCAGCAGGUGAGCGAGUCGUUGAAUGAGACUAAGGGCUUCUGGCAAUCCACGAAUGGAGAGUCGAAAUUGUUGCCUUAUGUUGAGAUGGAAGAUGAAGAAGAGUUCUCAAGGGCUAAUGCCUUCUUCCACAAGUUGAUCACUCUGCAUGUCCGCAUAACUCUGCUUUCGGAUGUUUAUUCAACGGCUGGGUAUACACAUGGUAGACACGCCGUCGGGCUACUGCAGAACACGACUGUAGAUAUCAUUCCGGACUUGGGUGCACUUCAUCGGUCUUGUAUCUGGGAAAACAUUGUCCUUAAGAAUGGGUUAGCUGCUAAGGGCAUUGCUUCGAGUAUCACUCCGUCGUCGUCUACCGAAGAUGCUGCGUCGACAUCGCCUGCUGCUACCAGUACGACGCAACCUGAUGGUCAACCACCUGCUGAAUCGCCUUCAAAGGAUGGCCAGAAGAAGACAGAGGGCCCUAAGGAUCGGAACGCUGUGGCUUUGAAGCAUAUCGCGAGUCAGAUUCCGAAUGCCCUAGGACCGUUCUUCCAGGCCGUGGCGAAGAUGCUUCUGUAUAAUAGGCGUAAUCCUGACGAAGCACAGAAGAAGCAGGCUGCUUCUAUAUCGGCGACAUUGGCGGAUGUCAUGUACAAGCAUUUGACCGAGGUUACGGACGGCAACCCGACUUUCUUGUAUGGGUACCAUACAGUUAUGAUCGGCUUGAUCACAUUCCUCCUUUUCGAUGAACGAGCCUCGCAGACGAACUACCAUGCUGUGUUACUCCUUCAAUUCCGAAAGGUCGGAGGUCUGGACGCUGUCUUGGAUACAUGCCGUCGCUAUACAUCUGCCAUUUCUCGCAUCUCCGAGAUUAGAGCCGCAGACCGAAGUGAAAGUGAUCAACAAGAGCUUGUGCACGUCUUUGGAGGGUUGAAGAUGGCCCUUCAUUUGCUCUACCUUAUGAUCUCGUUCAAACCUGCCAUCGAUCCCGGUCAAAUUGCUCAAUAUAUCUCAAAGGACAAGCCCGAGAACCACCCGGAUUUCUACGAACCACAUGACUUCCUUGUCAAAAUGAGGUUGCAGAUAGCACCAUUGAUCCGUGAUAUUUGGCAGUCGACAUGGCUUGUUUCUGCACCUCCAGCUGUCAGCAAAUAUGUUAUUCAGUGUGUUCAAGAAAUAACUUCGGGAGAGAACGAAGUAGCAAGGCCAGAUUUCGGUUCGGAAAUUUUACCGAGUUCAGGCCAAGGUCUUCUCCGACCGUCUCAACCGCCAGAUGAAGAUCGUAUUCGACAGUUGACGGACAUGGGCUUCCCGAGAGCUGCGGCUGUUAGAGCACUGUCCAGGACAAAUAACAACGUCAAUUUCGCGACGGAGUAUCUGUUGACUCAUCCAUUCGAGCCUGUUCCGGAGGAACCACCCGCUGCAGUGCCUCCUGCGGCUGAAACAACGGCGCAAGAGCCUGCGACGGACGAGGCCCCUGCGGAUGUUGCUAUGGAAACUGAACCAGUUCCUGAAGAACAGCCUGUGCAAGAGACUGCUAUUGAAGAGGAUUACGAGUCCCAAAAGACGGUCGAGGAGAGACGACAGGACUUGGAUGAGAUCAGGAAGUCCCUCAUAUCAGAUAUAGGUCCACAAGCGCUUAGACUUGCAGACGCUCAUCCUUCGUUGAUUUUCGACGUCAGACACGUUUUCAUUGGGCCGAAUGACAAGUACCAGCCAGAAGCUAUCCGUUGUGUUGUACAAGACAUCGAAAAGUUCUCCCCCGCUGCGUACGAUGUGCAGGAGGAACCUCUUGCUGUUAGGUGCCGACUAUUGGCUCUUAUACUUGCCGAUUCACCGAAAGCUGCACUCGAGAUAUCGGGUAAGGAGGAAAAGAACUUGAUGGAUAUGCUUUACGCUCUGCUUCUAUCGCAGCCUAUUGCUCACGACAAGGAUCAGGCAUUGCCGAAGUGGCUACCCGCACUUCUCCUCGCGAUGGAGUCGCUCUUGGUCACCGCGGAAGAGCCUCGAGCCGUUCCUAUGGUUCUCGCUGAUCAGCCAGUCGUUAUUCCUCCUCUGGUUGUUGGUCCUCCUUACGUGGAGGCACGUUCCAUGCUCUUUGAGUUGUGUAUACGAUUACUCCACAUCCCGAGUCUUCCGCGAGAUGAGCUACUCGCUACACUACGGAUGCUCGUGCAGCUUACCCGAGAUCGUAAUAUGGCUGACCAGUUUGUGCGUCGGAAUGGGGUAUCUUUACUCCUCCAGCGCUUGAAAGGACCUGCCGGCGAUGCGUCAGUCGCAGGCUUCCAGUCCCACAUUGCAAUCAUCUUGCGGCAUCUCGUUGAAGAUAGAUUGGUGUUGGAGACGGUCAUGAAACAGGAGAUCAAACGCUGGUUGUCAACUUCGCGUUCCAAGACUGUUGAAGUUCUCACAUAUGUCCGCAAUUCCACAUCGAUGGCGGCUCGCGAUCCUCAAGUGUUCCUAGACAUUACGAAAGAGCUAUGCACUCUGGUACGGCCGGACGUCCCCAACCAUCAGAUUACGUUGAAGGCAAGUGUCGCUGAGGCCCCGCCUGACUCCGCUGCUACGGAGAAACCUCCGACGGAAGAUUCUACUUCGAUGCAGGUUGAUAGUCCAAAGUCAAGCGCACCUCCGGUAUCCUCUGAAGCAUUGGAAUCUGUCGUUCAUUUCAUGCUUGGCGAGCUGAUGAGAGUAGGCAAGCUUGCUUCCGAAGGUAUAGCAGCCGAAACUUCAAAGGAUCGCGCAUCUGUGACUUCACCAACCGCUGUCACUGCACAAUCUACAUCUUCCGAGGUGAAGGACACAUCAACGUCUACGACCGAACAGACAGCGUCAUCGUCACAGAAAACGGAUGAAGCACAAAAGACACAGGACGCUCACUUCUAUGCGUGUUUCUUGAUGCAGAGCCUGUCUGAGCUUCUAUUCUCGUACGAACAGUGCAAGUUCGCGUUCCUGACGUAUCCGAAAAAGAAAAACCAAACUCCUGCGAAGGAUGCGUUCUCGCGCUCGAAGUCGUCUGCGUUGAGUUUCCUCCUAACAGAACUGCUGUCGUUUGGUCCCUUCAAUGUGGACCCGAAGUUUGAUUCAAAGAAACGAGUAAUCUUAUGCAAUUGGGCGAUGUCCGUUAUCGUAGCCCUGUGCGUUGACAGUUCUGCUUCUCAUGAGACACAAGAGAAUGCGCCAGACGUGACUUCGAUUCGAAAACUUGUCUUGGAGUCUAUAAGCAGAUCUUUCAAGGAUAUCCUUGCAACUGAGCCUAUGGACGUACGAUAUGGGCGAAUCCUUGCGAUGGCGGAUCUUUGUCAUAGACUUUUGUCGGUCCGGUUUGGCACGGGCUCAACAAGGUCGACGGAAGAAACUCCGAUGCACUUGGCAAAGAUUAUGCUUGAGAAGAACUUUGUCUCUACGCUAACGACUGUCCUCGCAGAAGUCGACUUGAACUACCCGAAUAUGCGCAGUCUCGUGGCAGCUAUUCUCCGGCCUCUCGAAUACUUAACGAAGGUGGCAAUCAAGAUGGGACGUUCGGACAAGAACAAAGAAGAUUCUGACAAAAAGAGUCUGACCCAGAGUUCAGAGCCGUCGGAUGACUCUGAUGACUCUGGUGAAGACGACGACGACGUCAUGGAGACAGAGGAAAGGGAGGAGACCCCUGAUUUAUAUCGUAAUUCUUCACUUGGAAUGUAUGCGGGAGAAAUGGAAGAACACUACGAUGAGGGGGAUGAGGACGAGAUGGAUGAGGAUGAAGACGAGGAAGAGGAUGAUGUUGAUGUUGACUAUGAUGAAGAGUCCGUCAGUGAGGAUUCGUCUAAUACAGAGCCUGAGGAAGGAGCAGAGGAGCAUGCUAUAAUUGAUGACUCCCCAGAGGGUUGGGUAGACAUGGAUGAGGAGAUGGCAGAGGGCAUGGAUGAUAUGGAUGAGGACGAAGACGAAGGUGAUGAACUUGAGGAAGAAGAGGGUGCCGAUGAGGAGAUUAUGUGGCAGCCUCCUGAAAACGCAAUGGGCGAUCCGGACAGUGGCUUAAUGAUCGAGGAAGCGGAUGAAGACGACUUGGAUGAUGAUGCGGGUAUGGUUGAUGGAGAUGGUCAAGGCGGCGACGAGGACGACGAGGACGAAAUGCUCUCCGCGACUGACGGCCUGGUGGGCGAACUAGGAGAACUUGAACAUACGGACGCGUUCGGCCAGUCAAUAGAUGAUCCGUUAGGUCUAGGCCGUCCCACUAUGCGAGUUGGCAGCCGUCUAUUUUUUGGAGGGCCAGCCAGUGCCCAAGGGCGUGAUCUAGACGCCGACGUACAAAUCAUCGGCCGGCCACGCUACACGGGAAUUAGCGCUGAAGCAAUGUCCCAUCCUUUGCUAGUAGAUUCCAGUAGUUCAGGCAACGUCGCGGGAGUACCAGCCCGGUCCGCGCAAAAUAGACGAGCACGAGGUGGAGGUAUUCUUCCGAGUAAUCCCUACAGUGAGGUCAUACAAACCAUCGAAGAACUGGUCGGUGGCGGUGCGUUGCAGCUCGUGCAAGAACUGAUGACCCGGAAUGGCAUCGGAGGUGCUCUUGGUGCCGAUAUUCGAGUUGAAGUGCCCCACGGAGCUGGCGGUCUUCUUGUCGACCGUACUCAGAUGACCCGUCAAGGUGGCCGGACAUCUAUCUCAACGUCCGUCAGAUUACGAGACCCUCGAUCUGCUGACAGCCGCACAGACACUCCUGAAUUUGGUCCGCUGCAGACCAUCCAACGAUGGUCGGAAGAGGCUAAGAUAACACACGGAAAGCACCUACAAGAGCGAGUCCAGAGAUUGUGCAACCAUAUCGUUCUUGCCUUACUACCUGACGCUCGUGAAGCGGCUAAGAAGGCAAAAGAGAAGGAAGAAAAAGAGAAGGCUGAGAGGGAGACAGCGGAAAAGGAAGCAGCAGAGAAAGCGGCGAAGGAGGCGGAAGAGAAAGCUGCAAAGGAGGCUGAAGAAAAAGCUGAGAAGGAGGCUGAAGAAAAGGCAGCAGCUGAAAAAGAGGCAGCGGAGAAGGCAGCGGCUGAACGUGAGGCUGCAGAGAGAGCGGCUGCAUCAUCUGAUGUCGCAUACGAUGCCUUAACUUCUGAGGGUCGCACUGACGGUGAGCACCUCCCAGCAGAUGAAGAUACUGAAAUGGUCGAUGCCACAGCAGCUACCGAAAACGCCGCGCAAGAAGCCGAGGCUGUCGUCCAAUCAGAACCUGAGGCGGGCCCUUCAGCAGCACCUGAGCGGGUGACCAUUACAAUCAAUGGGAACGAGGUAGACAUCACCGACACGGGCAUCGAUCCUACGUUUUUGGAAGCUCUUCCAGAUGAUAUGCGGGAGGAAGUACUCAACCAGCAUCUCCGAGAGCAACGACCCACUCAGGUCGCACCUCCAGUCGAGUCUCAAAUCAGCGCGGACUUCCUUGACGCUUUGCCUCCAGAGAUUCGUGCAGAAAUAUUACGUGAGGAGCGGCUAGAGAGGAGCAGGCGAGAACGCGAGCAGAAUGGCGAAGAGCAGACUGCUGUUCCAGCGGGUGGUCCAACGGACAUGGGCGCGGCCGACUUCAUUGCAAGUCUUGAUCCGCAACUGCGACAGGUUGUUCUCCUGGACUCAGACGACGGUAUUUUACAGACGCUUCCGUCGCAUAUGGUCGCCGAAGCUGGCGUUUAUCGUGAAACUGCGCAUCUUCACCACCGUAACCCUCGACCAGCUGCUCCUGGUGAUACUGCCACUUCUGUUACCCGCAAGGUCCCAACCCCACGUGAUGCAAUUCAACUGCUAGAACGACCAGGAAUUGCAGCUCUGGUCAGACUUCUGUUCUUCCCUCAGUUAUCCAAGAAGAGCACGCUCCACAAAGUUCUCCUUAAUCUUUGUGAGAACUCCAAGUCUCGAACGGAGCUGUUCAACGUGCUUCUGAGUAUCUUGCAAGAUGGUACAGGUGAUCUUGCCCUAGUCGACAAGAGCUUCUCCCAGUUAACCUUCCGUGGUGGGAAAGGUCCUGCUCAUCCUACCUCGAAGAGUAUAGGGAAACAAAAGGACCCGGGAUUGUCUAUCGCAUCUCCUAUCGUUCCCAGUGAAGUCCCUCCGGAUCUCAUCGCGCAACGCUGUCUAGAUGCCCUCAAUUACAUCGUUGGCACCAACGAGCUUUCUUCUCUCUUUUUCCUGACAGAACACGAAUUAUCAGCAGGUUUGAAGAGAAGCAUAUCAAAGAAGGGUAAAGGGAAGGAAAAACAAGCAGCUCAAUCACAUUACCCUAUCGUAUUACUUUUAGGUCUCCUUGACCGCCAGACGCUGCUGAAGACGCCCAGCAUAAUGGAUUCUGUUGCUGGACUGCUUGACUCGGUGACGCGCCCCCUGACGAGCUUGAAGGAUGACCUAAAGAAGAAAGAGGACGCUGGAGAACGUCCAUCCGCUCCUGCCGAAUCAAGUGCACAGCAAGAUACUUCCGGCACUGCACCUCCAACUACUGCAAAUGAACCAAGUGGGUCAACUGCAGAAUCUUCGACUGCGCAACCGGCCGAAACUUCGGGAAAUAAAUCUUCAUCCGUUGAGGCUGUGGAAGAAAAGAUCCUUUUGGCUAACCCACCGCAGAUCCCCCACCCUGCGCUCAGGUCUAUCGUAAACAUCCUUACAGUUGGAGAAUGCUCCGGAAGGACGUUCCAACAUACGUUAGCGCUCAUUCAGCAUCUUUCGUUCCUACCAGAUGCUCGGGAUAUCAUAGCCCAAGAAUUGAGACUCAAAGCGAAUGACUUUGGAGCCAAUCUUUCGAAAGACUUGGAUGAACUGAUUACUGCAUUGAGCAGCGGACAAACACAAGAAGACCUACCUCCGUCAAUAGUUGCCAAAUUCUCGCCAGCUUCCUCGGACCAGGCCAAAUUCCUCCGUGUUCUGAAGACCAUCGAUUACAUGUACUCGAAACCGGAGAACGCGUCGAGCCGCAAUCCAGAUCUAUCUCAAGUUGACCGUAUUCGUGAGAUCUACGAGACGUUCCGAUUCACUCUUCUUUGGGAGAAGCUUAGCGAGUGCUUGUCUGUCGUGGAGAGCAGGGACAAUGUCGAGCAUAUUGCAACGAUUCUAUUGCCACUGAUCGAGUCAUUAAUGGUCGUCUGCAAGCACGUAGGGGUGAAGAGUACGGUAGCACCAGCUGUUCCUGGUUCUCCGCGCUCGCCUUUGCCAUCUGAGCAAUCGGUUGAUGACUUGUUUGUGUCAUUCACUGACGAUCAUCGGAAGAUUUUGAACAUGAUGGUACGAAAUAACCCAUCCCUCAUGUCGGGCUCUUUCUCUCUACUUGUACAGAACCCUAGGGUUCUUGACUUCGACAACAAGCGGAAUUACUUCAAUCAGCAACUACACAAGCGUCCUUAUCCUAGGGAGCAUUACCCAUCCCUCCAAGUCAACGUUCGUCGUUCGCGCGUCUUCGAGGACAGCUUCCAUGCCUUCCAGCACAAGACUGGCGACCAGAUUAAGUAUGGCAAGCUCAGCGUACGAUUCUAUGCUGAGGAGGGUGUCGAUGCAGGUGGUGUCACACGAGAAUGGUUCCAAAUUCUUGCUCGACAAAUGUUCAACCCCAACUAUGCUCUUUUCGAGCCGUGUGCGGCUGAUAGACAAACGUAUCAGCCGAACCGAGCCUCCGAGAUCAACCCUGACCACUUGUCGUAUUUCAAGUUCGUUGGCAGAGUUAUUGGGAAAGCUAUUUACGAUGGUCGUCUCAUGGAUGCUCACUUCGCAAGGAGCCUGUAUCGUAUGCUCCUUGGUAAACGUGUCGACUACCGUGAUGUGGAAUGGGUUGACCCUGACUACUACAAGUCUCUCUGCUGGAUUCUUGAGAACGAUCCAUCUAUGCUGGACCUUAAUUUCAUUACUGAAGUCGACGAGUUUGGCAGGCACGCUGUCAUUCCGCUCAAGGAGAACGGCGCUUCAAUUCCGGUGACCAUGGAGAACAGGAAAGAAUACGUGCAACUCGCUGCCCAAUAUCGACUACACUCGUCUAUCGCGAAGCAGAUUGAGAACUUACUUGCUGGCUUCUACGAAAUUGUUCCGAAGGAGUUGAUAUCAAUCUUCAACGAGCAGGAAGUCGAGCUUCUCAUUUCUGGAACGCCAGACAUAGACGUUGAUGAGUGGAGGGCAGCCACAGAGUACCAUGGCUACUCCAGCUCUGAUCCUGUCAUCGUUUGGUGGUGGAGAGCACUGAAGUCGUUCAACCGGGACGAACGUGCCAAGGUGCUCAGCUUUGCGACUGGAACGACGCGUGUGCCCCUGGGAGGCUUCGGCGAAUUGCAGGGUGUGCAAGGCGUACAACGCUUCUCCAUUCACCGCGCAUAUGGGGAACCCGACCGUUUACCUCAAGCUCAUACAUGCUUCAACCAAAUUGACCUUCCUGAGUACUCGUCUUACGAAAGGCUACGACACCAGUUACUUCUAGCUAUCAAUGAAGGAGGAGAAGGUUUUGGUUUCGCUUAAUUACUUAAAUGCUUAUGCAUAUGAAAGACGUUUCACGACGUUUUUAGUAAUCAUGGUAGUACCACUUGUUCAUUGCAUUGUAUAGUAUCAUCUGCAAUUUGUGUUGUCUUGUUCGUAGAUAUCAAUGAUUAAACUGUUCUUA